AUGUCAAGCAACCAAGUUAGUUUUGCUGUUGCUCAUAGACGUUAUGUAGCUUCUUUAUAUAAACGUGCUUUAAAAACUUCCCUUGAUUGGUAUGUAUUUCGUGACAUAUGGAGACCAAAAGCUUUAGAAAUUCGUGCUCGUUUUGAAGCAAAUAAAGAUGUGAAAAGUUUUAAACAUCUCAAGAGUAUUUUACAAGCAACUGAAGAAGAACUUUGGAAUUUUCAAUUAAAUGAUAUAUAA